AUGAGCCUGAACAAAGAGAAAACUUGUUUCAUUCUCGAAGGAUGGUCUUACAUACAGAAAGGUAUUACCAAGCUAAUAAAAAUUAUAGAAGGAGAGCCUGAACCACCAUUUGAAGUUACGCAUUAUAUGAAAUUAUACACGACUAUCUACAGUAUGUGCAUUCAGAGUACCGAUGAUGAUUACUCACAACAGCUUUAUGAUAAGUUUCGCCAAGUAAUUGAAGAUUAUACUAUAUAUCAGGUGUUGCCUUCUUUAAGGGAGAAGCAUGAUGAAUAUAUGUUAGAAGAGCUUGUAACGAGGUGGAAUAAACAUAAUGUUUUUGUUAGAUGGUUAGCCAGAUUCUUUAAUUAUAUUGACCGUGACUUCGUUUGUCGGAGAGGCGGCGCCAUUCUAACACUGAGAGAAGUUGGUUUGACAUGCUUCCACGACCUGGUUUAUCGUGAGCUGCACUCCACUGCCAAAGAAGCUGUAUUAACACUUAUUCAUAAAGAACGGGAGGGCGAAGAUAUUGAUAGGGAACUAGUGAAAAGCUUAGUAGAUGUCUAUGUGAAGAAUGGGAUGGGAACUUUGGAAACAUAUGAAGAGGAUUUUGAAAUAUUCUUGCUUCAAGAUACUGCUUCUUACUAUUCUUCCAAGGCGUCAAAGUGGAUAGAGGAUGAUUUUUGUCCUGAUUACAUGCUAAAGGUUGAGGAGUAUCUGACAAGGGAGAGGGAGAGAGUCACUCAUUACCUUCAUUCAACCACUGAACCCAAAAUAGUUGAGAAAGUACAAAAUGAAUUGUUGGUAGUGGUUGCAAAACAGCUUCUAGAAAAUGAGCACUCAGGAUGCCGUGCUUUGCUAAGAGAUUACAAGAUGGAUGAUCUCUCUAGGAUGUACAGGCUUUAUCAUCCAAUCCCUCAAGGGUUGGAACCUAUUGCAUACUUAUUCAAGCAGCAUAUCAUUGAAGAAGGGACUUCCCUUGUAAAAAAAAACCGACGAGUAAAUGAGCUACAAGACAAGUACAUGGUCUAUGUCAUUAAGUGUUUUCAGAACCACACCCUCUUCCAUAAGGCAUCAAAAGAGGCAUUUGAAACCUUAAGAAGAGAGGGAGGAAUUGAGAAGCUAGAGUAA